AUAAGAUUUCGUUGUAUUCAUUUCUUCGUCACCAGUGCAGCAGCAAUGGCGCUUUCCUCCGCAUUCCACGAACGGCUCCACCACAUGGACCGCACGCGAAUUCAACGUCUCUCUCUUCUCCAGGCAGAGAAAGAGUUGCAAGGGAACAAGUACCGCGUUUUGGCUUCAAUGCUCGCAAACAUCAGAGCCACGGAACAGAGGUGCUCGUGGCUCGAUCAGAAAAUCGCGUCGCAGCAUUUCAAGCUUCUUGCUCUCAAGUCUCAAAUCGAGAACCUCGAAGCCAAUCACGAAUCGCUUUCACUAGAACUGAGGUCGAUGCAGAACGAGGUGGAGGAGCUUGAGGAAUUGCGCGUGAAAAGAGAUUGCUUUUACGAUGCAAAAUGGAUCGAAAUGAAGGAGUUCAAGGAAAUCGCGGAUAGGUUUGUGGUGAAAUGUAAAGUGGAAGUUCAGAGUUUGAGGAAUAGAGUCAACGAGGUUUUAAAUAUCGGUCACGGACAGAUGCGGUCCCACUUCCGGUUGUUGGUAGCAUUGCGGUUUGCGGACAGUUAAAAUAUCUUGAUAUUGCGGAUCUACGAAGCACCGACAUGGACACCGGACACAACAUGAACGCAGACACGUGAACACCUAAAAUGUUCAAAAUAUAGAAUGUAGUACAGGUGUCGUGUCGGUGUCAGAUACUGACACGCUGCGUGUCGGAUACUGAGAUGGACGCGUGUCGGACAUCGGACACGCUGAGGUCCUCUUUUGUGGAACUUAGAAGCAGCAGUGGUGACUCUUGCAAUUUGGAGAUAGCUGCUGCUGAAAUGAGAAGGUUGGAACUCCUGGCUGAAAAGGAGAGUGUGUGUAGAAACAUUGAUUAUAACCAACAAGUAAAAGCACAGUUGCAAAAGCAGCUUCGGAGUAUUCUGAUUACGCAAACGCAAGAUAAGGGAUUGGAGGUGAAGAGUAAUGGCUAACUAUUCUUGAACUUGAAUUUGUUCCUUAGAGGCUUAGCCCUUUGUUUAUAUUGACCAAAAAGAAAAGGACUAUUCUGAUGACACAUGAUCAAAACUCAAGAGAGAAGCAAUAAGUCGAGUAACUAAACUUUGAUCAAGGAUUGCUAAGAUUGUUAAUUGUACCAAAAUAUUUAGAAAUAGAUAAUUCCUUCUUAACCCGUGAGAGGUACAUAAUAUAGUUUGUUAGAGAUC